CUGGUAAACAAUGUAUUCCAGCAUGUCUUCAAGAAGCCUAGCUUAACUAUUUUCUAUGAAUUGACCAGUUAGUGACCUUGUUUACCUGCAGCAGCCUUUAACCUGCACCCAGCAUGGACGAAAACACUUUAAAACAGCUGGUAAAGCUCACUCAGGAGGGACAGUUAAACUCCCUGGAGAAACAGGUAACAUUAGGAGGCUCCGUGGCUCUUCAGACAGUCAGUAAUAAACACUUUGGUCGGUCAGGAGACACUUUGCUACACUACGCUGCCAGAAAGGGACACCUUGACAUUGUAGAGUAUCUAAUAAAGCGGGUUGGCGUGGAUGUGGAUGUUUACAACAACGAUUACAAGAGGCCGCUGCACGAGGCUGCUUCUAUGGGACAUCAGGAGUGUGUUAGCUAUCUUCUCCGUGAAGGAGCCAAAGUGGACAAUCUGAAGAAAUCUGACUGGACCCCCCUGAUGAUGGCCUGCACCAGGAGAAACCUCUCUGUGAUCGAGGAGCUGCUGAGUCUCGGUGCUGACCCGGCUCUGAGAAACAAAGAUGGCUGGAACUGUUUCCACAUCGCCUGCAGGGAGGGGGAUCCUCUGGUCAUAAAACAGCUGCUUCUUAUCAGGCCGGACAUCUGGAGGACGGAGAGCAAGACGCAGAGGACACCUCUACACACUGCAGCGAUGCACGGCUGUGAGGAGGUUGUUAGCAUCUUGCUGGAGAGAUGUGUUUACCCCCCCGACAGUCCUGACAGCUGUGGAGCGACUCCUUUCAUGGACGCCGUGAGGAACGGACACAUUUCUGUAGCCAGGCUGCUUUUAGAAAAACACCAGGCGUCUCCAGCAGCAGCUGACAGUGUCGGGGCUCAGGCGGUGCAUCAGGCUGCUGUUACCGGGCAGAACGAGGCGCUGCGCUUCCUGGUGAAGGAGCUGAAUGUAGACGUGAACCAGAGGACGACUGACAUCCAGCUCACCGCCCUGCAUUACGCUGCAAAGGAGGGCCACACGUCUACUAUAAAAACACUGCUUGAGUGCGGGGCUGAUCUUCAUGUUCGGGACAAAAAGGGAAGAACUGCUCUUCACAUGGCGUGCAUCGGGCAGCGCUCAGAUGCCGCCAUGACGCUCCUGCAGCUGGGACUCAAAGACUCAGAGGACACAUCUGGCACAUCUGCACGGCAGCAUGCGAAGAAACCAGACGUAGUGCAGGUGUUUGAAUGUGGAAUACCAGACCCAUCAUAGACAAUACCAUACAGAUGCUGCUACUGGUUCUGUUACAUUCAAUAUUUAUUAAAAGAGUGUGAUUAAAGUCAAGA